UUUCGUGUGUUCUAUUCUCUAAACAUUACCCUCUCACAAAAUGUCUUCCGAAUACGGGUCGUUACUGCUUCUGCUAGCGCUAAUUACACUUUCUACGCUUCGUCCAUCACUCGCUGCUGACGCGGAUACGCUCUCCGACUUCAUAGCUCCACCAAACACAACCGUGGACGCCGAAUUCUUCACCUACACCGGCCUACGCUCCUUCAUCGGAGCAACACCGCCAAACUUCACCGUCUACAAGGCAACCAUGGCCCAACUCCCGGCCCUCAACGGCCAGAGCGUUUCGUACGCUGCUCUCUUCUACCCUCCGGGCAGUGUCAACCCGACACACACCCACCCUCGUUCGUCGGAGCUCUUGUUCCUCCUCGUUGGAUGUCUUGAAGUGGGAUUCGUUGACACCACUAACCAUCUCUUCACGCAGACGCUUCAACAAGGUGACAUUUUCGUGUUCCCCAAAGGACUUGUUCACUAUCAGUACAACCCGGACGGUCAGAACCCGGCCAUCGCGCUUUCCGCAUUCGGCAGCGCCAAUGCGGGAACAGUUUCUAUCCCCAGUGCUGUGUUCAAUACCAGUAUUGAUGACCCUGUCUUGGCUGCUUCGUUCAAAACUGAUGUUGCAACGAUUAGGCAGCUCAAGUAUGGGCUUUCACAUUAAGAUGGUUAAUUCUCCAGAAUUUGUGAUGUAAUAAUCCUGUCAAUAAAUCAUCAUCAUGCUGCUGGAUCAACCUUCCACACUCAUCUACGUAAUGAUUGAUUUGAUACGUAGUAGGCAACUAAGCAUGUCAAAGUUUCUAAUAAGACAUAUUUUCCCGUUUUCUCAUCA